AUGUUCGAGCAGUACCUCGCCGACGCCCUGAAUAAGGCGCUCGGCGCGUACUGCGACGGCAUCGACGGCGAGAAACUGCGCGUGUCCGCGUGGAACGGCGACGUCGAAUUGCGAAACGUUCGUCUGAAAAAAACGGCGCUGUCGACGCUGCGCGCGCCGGUGACGGUCGACGCGGGAUGCGUCGGGUCGCUGCGGUUGAAGGUGCCGUGGAUGAACCUCGGACGCGAACCGGUGGUGGUGGAGAUCGAUCGAGUGUUCGUGCUGGCGUCGAGGGUGACGAUGGAGGAGGCGGCGGCGACGGCGGACGAGACGCGAGACGAGGAGGAAGACGCGGCGGAGAAGAAGAAACGAAUCGAUGAGGGAGAGCGAGAUUGGUUGAGGACGGCGAUGGGGAAGAUGACGAAGACGAUGCGGGAGGAGGCGGAGAGAUCGGAUAGUUGGUUUUGGAAGACGUUAAACACGGUGCUGGGAAAUUUACAAAUAACGGUGCAAAACGUACACGUGCGGUACGAGGAUGAAAUCACGACGCCUGGGCACACGUUUUCGUGCGGAAUGACGAUAGGAAAGUUGAGCGCGAUCACGGUGGAUGAUUUUGGGGAGCCGACGUUCGUCGCGGGAGGGUCGCUGGAACGCAUUCACAAGCGCGUGGCGUUGGAAAACUUUUCAAUGUAUCUCGACUCGGGGGCGGUGUAUCGACCGUGGAAAACGCACGCGGGAUGGACGCCGCCGAAAGUGGAAGACACAGAGGCGUGGUGGGCACUAUUUGGCGUAGGGUUGGUCGGAGAAGCGCCGAGCGAUGUGCGAAACUACAUGUUGUACCCGGUGACGGUGGAACUGUUUUAUCACCGCAAAGGACGAAAAGAACAAACCGAGGCGGGUGAACCGAGGCAAAUGUGUGACUUGAAGUUUCAAGACGCGCGCAUGGCGUUGAGUCGUAAUCAAUACCGCAGUACGGUCCGCUUGCUAGAGGCCUUCAAUCAGUAUCGCUUGCGAUUGCCGCACGCCGAGUUUCGCCCGAUGGUGAGCGUCAAAGCUCAACCGCGCGCGUGGUGGACGUACGCC